GUCACGGGGACGUCUCUGUGCCGACACGUUGUUAUCUGGGGAGAGUGUCAAUAAAUGACAAUCGUGUUAGGAGUACGCAUAGACAUAAGAGAGAUCUCUCUUAUGUCUAUGGGAGUACGAAGGGACGCCUCUACCAAUCUAAUAAUUUUGUCUGUUCAGGUUAACUAGGGAAUUUGUGGCAAACCAUCAGCUUCGCAAAAAUGUCCCCAAGGAUUUGAGGAAUGGCUUCGGCCUUCGCCCAUGGACAGCUCUCAUGCAGAAUGCAGAUGCAGUUGCAGGCGAAAGUGCCCGAACUCGGGCCGUCCGAGGUAGAUUCCGGCAGAACUGUCUGCACGACCAACCGGUCCGACUCCAAGAGCCACGGCACUAAAUGUCAGGAUUGAUGACGGCGAGGCUCGCGCAAAACAAUGGCCGCUACUUGCUGAAUUUCACGUGCAGUACGAAGACUUACUCGCGACCAUUCGCGACAAGCGCCGACAUUGGCGCACGACGGUACACAUCGUCGUCGAAAGCUGCAGCGGACGGCCGACUGCGACUGUUCCUGACACGUAUCAAAGCAACAGUUCCUUGCGAAAAUAAGCAUUGCGAGAGAUCAUCAAGCAUGAAGAAUGAUCGAUACACAGGCCGGAGCAUUAGCAGAGUCUCCAAGAGGUAUGGAGUAAUCGACGCUAGGUGAGCGCUUUGAGCAGUCAGCAUGAAGACUCCUCCAUCGCAGACACCGCACAGUGGAGGUGGUAGUUCCAGUAGUGUUGCUGUCAAGAAUGGAGAGGAGAGCUGCCCACGCUUCACUCGUCCAUUGCUCAAGAGUAGCAACUAUAUAAAUGGAGGUCCAAAAAUAGGUAAGCAGCAGCUGGUUUCUCUAAACGGCGAUUCGAUAUGUUGCAACAGCAUAGAAAACGAAGAAGCCUUGGCCUGCGACAUUGCACCGGUGUCAACUAAAACUAAGACCAAGGCUCUGUGUGUGCACAUCCGAGAGAACAAGUGGUACGAUGCUGGAAAUGUGGUAUCAGUCGGAGUGGCAGGUGCCAGUCUUAACGAGGCCCUGGAGAGCAUGUCAUUGGCCUACAGCCCAUCCAGUAAACAGAUUUACUCGCUUGACGAGACGCAGACAAAAAACAGCUCGGCCGAGGGCCAGCCAUUGCCGGGAGCAAGCCGCACUGAGAUGGAACUGUGUAGAGAGGAGGCCCAGCACAGUGGAAGCAACAGUCCCAGAGGCAGCCUGGGUCGAUCCUGCAGCAGCACUGUCUCCUCGUUGAGCGAGUGCUCACCGUCCAACAGCUUCGCGGGCAGCGACGAGCUGCAAAUCUCGCCCGGCAAAUCGAGUAACAGCAGCGGCAGCAGCCUCAGUAGCACCAAACUCUGGUCCCUCAAUUCGGGCUUCAUGAAGAACGUGUUCUCAUGGAAACCCCGUGACGGCUACCAGCAACAGCAGCAGCUGCCGCAGUCACCCCAGCAGCAGUCGCCAAGCUCGAGUAGCCCAUGCCGCAACUCGGACAAGAUCGGCGGCAGCCUUGCGCUCAUCCAGCAGUGUCGGCCGGCCAAUUUGCCGGCCAAGAGCGCCCUCGAAGAAGAGAUGCACCGGCGCCAGUACGAGGCUAUCCUUGAGGCGGCUCGGAAGCGUGAAUUGCGCGAGGAGCGCGAACGCCGACUGCAGCGAGAGAUGCAGCUGCGCGAGGAGGAACGGCUGGCCGAGGACUCGGCGACCUGGACCAUCCAGGUGCUGCCGCGCUUCGAGGCGCUGCGAGACACGCGCCGUGUGCGUGAGCUCUGGUGGCGAGGUCUACCCCCGAGCAUCAGAGGCCGAGUCUGGCGCCUGGCCAUCCCCAACAGCCUGAACGUCACGAGUCAGCUGUACCGACUCUGUCUCGAGCGCGCCAUGACUAGUCCUCAGAGCGAGGCCCUCGCUGCGAUCAGACUCGACGUCGCGCGCACCUUCCCGACGCUCUGCGUCUUUCAGGAGGGCGGGCCCCUUUCCGAGAGCUUGCAGGCUGUCCUCGCGGCUUAUGCCCUCUACCGGCCAGACAUCGGCUACGUCCAGGGCAUGAGCUUCAUCGGAGCGGUGCUCGCGCUGAACAUGGACGCGCCUGACGCGUUCACCUGCUUUGCCAACCUGCUCAACCGGCCCUGUCAUCUGGCUGCGUUCAGCCUUGACCAGCACAGGAUGGGUGUCUACUACAAGGCCUACUCGGCGGCACUGGCAAACCGGCUGCCCAAACUGUACGCGCACUUUCUGGCGGCGGGUCUGAGUCCAGAUCUCUACCUGCUCGACUGGCUCUACACGAUCUACGCCAAGGCUAUGCCGCUCGACGUGGCCUGCCGCGUCUGGGACCUCUUUCUGCGCGAUGGCGAGGAAUUCCUCUUCAGGGCGGCUCUAGGCGUGCUCCACCUGUACCAGGAUGAGCUUCUCGGCAUGGACUUUGUACGAGCCGCGCAGUUUCUCACCCGUCUGCCCGAGAACAUGCAUGCCGACGCGCUCUUCAACAGUAUUAGCCAGAUGUCCACGAGCGUCGGCCCCACAAGCUUUCAGCAGAUGCUCCAGCAAAUCGACUCGGCUGCCUAGAUCGACCACGCUAUGCGUUCCUUGGGAACUCUGUACGUUAUACUGUACUAAUUGUUUUCGUGCCAACUUUCCUAACGCGUGCAAGCACGCGCGCGCUCUUAUCACGUAGAUUGGGGAAGGGAAUCUCGCUAGUUUUUUAAAUCUUUACACGUCUUUUUUAAAAUACGAUGAUAACGGUGACGAUGAUGACGACGACGAUGAUGACGAAGGAGAUUGAUAAUCGAUGAUCUGUGAACCUUGAGGUUUUAAAAGUAUGUAUGCGGGGAUCAUUUUUAAAAUGAUUGCGUCUCUUUUAUCCUUCGCCGGGUGUAGUCACAGUAUGUAGUUGUCAAAGUCCGAAACGGGUUGACAUGCUAUCUUUCGAGGGUCGAUUACAAAUCACGCUAUGAGCCAAAGAAUUAGCCCUGUAUAAAUUAUGUGCUGUGUUUUUGAUACGACGGAAAUACUUAGAUGAAUGUUUUUAGUAGUACUGUGCAGAAAUAUUAGUAGUGUACGUGUUUACUGGAUUUUUGAAAUACAAAAUGCCGGUAUUUUUUAUACGUAUUUGAGGUUUAUUAUAUAGCAUUCGGUUAUUUAUUACUUUGUACAUUUUCUAUUUAUACAUCUGCAAUCUCUUUAAAUUACAAUUCUUCAAUUUGCAUCGUUGUUAAAUUUUGAUGUCCUUUUAUUUGCACUUUAUAGCAAAUGAUUUUUUUCCUUGUGCAAAAUACUUUUUUAUCUUGAAAAUUAUCUUAAAAUGCUUUACUUAGCCAUUACUCGAUAUAUUUUUUUUUAUAUAAGUACAUAAGCUCGUUCGCUUAGUGCAGCGAAAGCACGAUUGUUCAACUAUCAGGACAGUCAUAUUAUUUUUCGUAAAUAUGGAACGAUGAAGCACUGGUACGACAAAGGGAGUAAGCGAGUACACAAAAGAAAACAUAAAAACAUACGUAGUUGAGAUUAGAUUGUCAUUUGAUUUCCAUUUUAUAUGAUUAUGAAAACGCAGAGAUAUUUUUGUAAGGCAAAAAAUAUAGUAGUUUUGCUUGUCUUCAAAUGCGUAGCGCUGUAAUCGACGAAAAUUGAGUGCAAUGUAAAGAAAAUGAAAAAUUCAAAUACUCGUGGUAAGAUAGCAUUUAUACUGUCAGAAAAAACGACAAAAUGAAGUUUGCUGUCCAAACUGAAACAUGCUCUUGCGGUGUUAGAUAAACGUAAGUACAUGGCAUAAAGUGUAGGCAUAAUCAUAAACAUAAUUAUAUAUACACGCAUGUAUUACACGUGCACGCGAUCACACACAGACACAUACAUAUAUUUAUGCAAAAAGCAAUGUGAAGAAAAUAGAUCAUUAUUUUCAUGUAUCUCAUUCGUUUAUGAGCAAAUGAAAUCGGAACAAAUAGAUCUGCUUUAAACCGUCCUUAGUUUAAGAAGGAAUACAGUGACGACAUAGAUAUCCGUACAUGCUCAAGUCUACAUGAUAAAAAAAGAAUGGUAAUUUUUGGCUUGAAUAGAAAGACAUUAAUCCUUCUUAAGCAAUACGAGUUCCAAGAGCAUGUUACAUUUUUAGUUUUUGUAAAUAUAAAAAAUACUUGUGUUCAGUUUUAUUGGCUUGUGCACUUUAUAUAUAAGGUAGGAAAUUGACGUUGUUCUUUGUGAACUAUCAAAGUCUAAGUUUAUUUUGCAAUACGUUAUAUAUAUUCGUUCUCCAAGAAGUCGGGCACUUUGCGGUGGAAAAAUCGAGCUUAUGCAAUUUUAGGGGCACACUGACCAGACCAAGUUUUUUACAUGCGCUUGGACCUACAGUAUGUAAAAAACAUGGGUAAUACGCCCCGGGUAAUUUAUUUCCUGGCCAAGUGAACGCUAUUUUUUCCGGCAUUAAUAGACAGCUAAGUCCGAGAUCUUGAAUUUGAAAAAAAAAUCGCUGAAAACGACCGUCUCUAUCAAAAGGUGCAAGCAAUUAAAAAUAGAGUAAAAUCGCCUUGAAUGCGAAAAUCUGAGAAAAAAAAUGAAAAUUCUGGCUUUUUUGGCAUUUUUUCCCACUUCCGACGAUUUUUACUCUAUUUUUAAUUCCUUGCACCUUUCGAUAGGGACAGCCAUUUUUACCAUUUUUUUUUCAAAUUCAAGAUCUCGGGCUCGGCUGUCCUAUCCACUAAUGCCGGAAAAAAUAAAUUACCCGGAGCGCAAUAAAGACUAUUUUUUGGUAAUUAGUAAUUGGCCCAUAACUUUUUGUUUGCAUACGGUUUGAAGGUGGUACCUAUGUUUUUUACAUACUGUGUGUAUGUCCAAACGCAUGUAAAAAACUUGUUCUGGUCAGUGUGCCCUCAAAGUUUCAACAGCUUGAUUUUUCGACCACAAAGUGUCUGACUUCUCGUAGAAUGGCUCAUAUCUGUGGCUGACAGGCAAAAUCUCAUAAGUCCACUUUUCCUGUUCUCGAGAAAAAGCGGUUUUAAGAACUUAUCGUAAGAUCGGAACAAACGAGAUAAGCCGCGAUACGGUACAGGUUUUUUCACACAUUCAGUAUUCAUAUCCACGCGCCAAUAUGACUGGAUUAUACAUUUGCUGCUUCGUACAAUUUUGCAUAAGAAUUGUUCGUGUUAAGCCAGAAUCAAAGCAGCACCGUGGUGCUAGAUAGAACUAAAAACAGAUUCGUUUAAGCAGUUGAACGUAAAUUUUUCACAAAAGUGGGGUAAUAAACCCACCGAUAAACCAUUCAUUUUUCAUAAAUUUACAAGAUAAAAAAUUAUGCGCAAUAAAUGGAUGGAGCGGUGCAACAUAAUUUCAAAACAGGCGCCGUCAGCAUGAGGGGUAUCACACGUAAAAAGGAAUAGCGAGGAAUAGCAGCUGACAGCCAAUCAGAAGUAAGCGUUAAACGGACUCAUUCCUUCAUGUUCUCUCCCCACCACCUCAAUAAGGAACAAGUCCGUUUAACGCUUACUUCUGAUUGGCUGUCAGCUGCUAUUCCUCGCUAUUCCUUUUUACGUGUGAUACUCCUUAAUUUGCUCCGAACAUUUGAAACAUUGCCAGACUUAUAUGGUGAGGCAAUUGAGAGGUACGCGAUACCGACACGAUCCUGGCGGAUUAAUUUAGAAGCUGUAUUAAAUCCAUGUAUUAUAUAUAUAUAUAUAUCAAAGACGACGUCACAUCAGCUUCCGAGCUUUGCCACUUUAUGAAAAUAAUUAAAAUGAAGUUUUAUAGCGCUGCAGUAUCGCGUACCUUACAAGUUCAGACCUGCAAAACUAAAGGACAUAAGUCCAUUAUUGGCUUUUUUCCAGGGAUUUUACUGAAUUCAGAUCGAUUAUUGUUUGUUUUUCUAAAAUAACCUUUUGAAUGUUUGGAAAUGGGUUAGAAGACAAUAUUUUGUUUUAAAUCAACAAAACCAAGUUCCAGAGAAGCUACUAUCGCAUAAAAAAACUUAGUUUAAAAUGGACUUAUGUCGGGAACAAAAUCGUAAAACCGAACUUAUGGACUUAUUUCUUGGGUGUAUCGUAGAUUUAGGGUAACCUUUUAGCAACUUCCGACAUUUUUAUAUGCAAAGGAUUGUUUGGAGAUAUUAAAUGCAGUUAUUUAUUUUCGCAAAAAGUGGACGUAUGUCAUCUAGCCAGUCAGCCACAGAUAGAUAUAUAUAUAUAUAUAUAUAGACACACACACACACACACACACACACGCGCGCGCGCGCGCACGGGUGCAAUGUAAUACAUGUAUAUUUGACGUAUUUUAACUGAUCACUCGAGGGGAGGAAAAACUAAAUCUCAUGAACGAAUAGCAGGUUUUACAAAUAAGGGAAAAUUGGAGAUAAUAGUGUAAUAAAAACCCACUUUUUUGGAUAUAUGCGUUUUUUGGUACUAUACUAAUUUCGGUGGUUACCACAUUGUAUAGCAACGAAUCGAAUAUUCAAUCGGACUAUCUCUGAGAGAAAUUCUAGCAUAAGCAUUGUUUAAUUUUGAAGGUCCCGAGACGCAUUAACAGAUUUUCCUAUUUCAAUUGACUGCACAAUGCAAUAAAUUAUUAUUUUUAAUUUACUUAUUAUAUAACAUUGAAAUCCAUUAUAAAAAAGUAAAAAGUAUAGUACUUUUUCUUAGCAGAAGAAAUAUUUUCAACGAAUACUUUCAUUGUAUGUUAAAUCGCUUUAAUCCAAUGUAUGCAGAAUUGAAACUCGAGACCUCUAAGAAGUUACUCCAUUUAAGAAAUUCGUAUGUACCUGGUACUAUAUUUCAUGGUAUACUGGAAGAUCUCGUGAAGUAAAUUCAUCUGCACCCUGAACUUAGUUUCAACGAUAAUUCAAAAUUUUCAAACGAAUCAAUGAUUUUAGAUAAAAUGUCAUUCCAGUUAUUGAGCGACUCUGCUUUACGAUGGUUUGCGAAGUAUCGUUUAAUUUUUAAUCAAAUUGAUUGUUAAUAUUUUAUAUAAGUAGUUGAUAUAAAUCUAUUACUAUUGAUUUGUUGUUGACAGAGAAUCGUAGUGAAGCAAAAAUAUGGAUGAAUUUUAUUUCUCAAUAUGUUCACAAACGAAAAGUCAUGCUUCAUUCAGUGAUAAUUAUAAAUAAACUUUAUCGUACCUGCUCAAAGUUUACUGGAGGAAAAUGCGCCUGAACUAUUAAUUAUAGAUUGAAAGAUUCAAUAAGGUAGACAUCAUUAGGAGAAAAAACAUAGCAAUGAUAUUAGAAGAUAUUUUUAAAAAAAAAUUUAAAAUUAGACUGUAUCCAAACAAUAAAAUUGUAUAAAACAGCUCUGUAAAUGCGGAAUCAAGAGAAAGUGGUAUUUUUCCAGAUAAAGGUCGGGCUGCAUCACUUCUCGCUAGACUUUGAACUCCGUACAUCGACUUGUUAAUUUUUAAUCGCGCUCGAUUAAGUCUACACCUACGCGUGUACGCUAUGAUAUAAAUAUUCUAUACAUAUGUAAAUAAGCUUCAUUAAUUUUAUUGAGGAAAAUCUGACCAAUAGCUUUAAGUUCGAAUUACCGUAAUAUUAUAUUUUCUAAUUUUAUUAUUGCGCCAUUCUUAAUAAUAUCUUCAAGUUAGUUUGGCGAACGUCAAGUUCAUCGUUCCUAUAAGCGAGCUAUCAGAAAAAAGUUUGUAAUUGAGAGAAAAAUGGUGAAAUAAGAAAAAAUGUCGUACCUUCGUAAAGAUGUGUGCCUAAAAACGUGUAAUCUCGUAACGUGAAUUGAACUCGCUCCGUUUAGUUAGAACACAGCAGCUCUAUUUUCCAAAAUAAUGAUGAUUACGAUGAUGCUGAUAAUAAUAAAGGCAGCCCUAACGACAUGUUGAUUUGAUCGUCAACGAAUCUAUUGACACGGUAUCGAGUUCUUGCAAGAGAAGAGCGAAGAUGAUUGUGUGCGCUAUAUUACGUAUUAACCAAUGGACAAUACUCGAAAUCCAGCCAAAUUUCAUACAGAUGCAAGAUAGGCGAUUGCAUCACGUGUGUAUUCGUGGUUAUAUUGUCUGUGAGUCGUAAAAUCGAACGAUUUUAUUUUGGUGCGCAGUGUAAUAGUGUUAUGACGAGCAGAGUAAAAAUGCUUCUUGAUCUUCUUAACUUGUCUCAGCUGUACUUUGUCGCUGUUUGUUAACUAUUUGAUUUUUAUAAUACUUUUGAAAAAGAUCAAUUUUAUACUUUGUUAACCGCGUAAAACAAAGAAACGCAAAAAAAUUUGUUCAUUAUACUGCUACCAUUUGACGAGCGAACGCGGACUUUCACAAUAAAUAUCUUUACGAGUGAACAUCUGUCUCGAAAAAUCAGACAGUAUUUGGUCUUAUUCUAUUACGAUAUGUAGUAUUUAGUAGACCGCGCUCUUAAUGAAGAUCUUUUUGUUUAUAUUUACCUAUUUCGAAAAGAGUAUACCAGGCCGUGCACCUGCUCAGAAUUUAAUUCGCACAAGCCCUACUCUAGUCCAGAUUGCACAUCACAAAUUAUAUAUCACCACGGCGCGCAAAAUCAAAACUAUACCCCCGCCUAUCGCGAAAUCUGAUGUUUAUUUAAGACACGCUGAUGGCGGCAGACUGCAAAGUUAUAGUGUGCUAUUAGAUGCGAAAGUUCGACUUCAUAAUAACUCCGUCCACUUUUUCCGCGUGUUUAUGCGUCUGCAUGUAUUUAAUCAGCAGCUGCCUAGUCCCUUAUCUGAUAUGUCUCUCUUAUUCUGUAAUUUUCCCUCUCCCACUUACAUAAUACAAACUUUUUGGUUUUUGUUGAGCUCUCACACAUAUAGAAAAAGCAUGACAUUUAGCAUUUUAGAGAAGAAAAAGGAAUAAGGUGAAAAAGCGUCUACUCGUCUUUGCAUACAAUACAAACUGCGCACUGAGAUAGAACGGACGAGAGGCAAGUCUUCCUUGUGGUGAAAAACAUGCUUCUCUUUAUCCUCUCUCACUGUAUCGCUGCUAUCUCACUCGUAUUCCUGUAUAUCUCCUUCUUGCUCUUCAACAUCGAAUUAUGAGCGCAUUUGUACACAGGUAGUAGGAGUAAUCUUCGGGAGCUCGAUUAUAAGUACGUUAUAAGAUGAUGCUUCGAAUUUUCGGCGGGAUUUUAUACGUGUGUAAUCACGUUGCUUGAUGUGUAUAUCGUAUACGAGAGGCCAGGAUGUAAUCGUCGCAGGAAAACAAAUUUAAAAGCAUAAGCACAAAGCCAAAAUGAUUAUAAUCACCGCGUUAAGUAUAAUGAUCUGCAAGCGCUGUAACGUGAAAAAUCAAAAUACUAUACAUAAUCCUAUAAAGUUUAUAUGUACAGUGUAACGGCGGCGCGCACGCGUCGUUAUUUAAUUGCCAAAAAGAAGGCACGUGCUUCAUACCACAGGCGAGUCGUUGAUUUUGCGCAUGUGUGGAUGGUCGGGGCUUACCUUGGGUUGGUUUUGAAUUUUAUCCUUGCUCUUACAAAAUUAAAUACUUUUCGACUUUUGAAAAUUAAAAAAAAUUUGAUUAUUGGGUUUAAAAAAUUAUCUCAUUUCUCUUUAACUUGGAUCGCAAUGAAAUUUGUUCUGUUCUCCGUUGGAUAGCCAUAUAAGUAUCAAUGUCGUCUAACAUAUGUAGUAGCCUCUUUCAAAUCAGAAAUUUCAUUCAUCAAAAAAUUCAAUUUGAGUUUUCAGGAUUUAAUGGAUAAUAGAAGACCGGAUAAAUGCAAAUUCGAAUAACGUCUAUAUCUGCAAGAAUAUAUAAUGUCGGCGCAAAAGCUUCGCAAAUCCACCACGGGGUAUUUUGUAUUUCUAAACUUCUAGAAAAACAGAAAGUCCGAUCGAAUUUUUCUUUCGGUAGAACGAUUUAUUAAACUUAACACUAUGGUGCUACAGACUCGGUUUUUCAUUUGCAAGCUUUAUUUAAAAAGUUUUAUGCAAAAUUAGAUUUUAAGGUUGGCGCUGCAAUCGCAUGAGUACGAUGAAGUACGCGUAACCAUCUGUUCGUAUUUCCAAGAUGUUAGAAAAACAAAAAGUCCGAUCAAAAUUUUCUUUCAUUAGAACGAUUCAUUAAACUUAACACUACGGCGCUACAGACUCGCUUUUUCAUUUGCAAACUUUAUUCAAAAAGUUUUAUGUAAUAGAAAAAUAGUGUUUUUUGGGACGACACCCCCUUAAAAUGAUAAGGACAUCAAGAAUGCGAAUAAUUAUUAAUAUGAGUCCAACCCAAGGCAUGCCUAAAAUGUUCACACUGUGAGAGACUAUAGAUAUGAUUCCUUCUGACUUCCAAACUAAACACGCACACGCACGCGCACACGCACACACACACUCACACAUAAACAUUUUGUAUAAAAUAAGUGCAUCGGGAGAUAUAUAAAAACAUGGAAGCGAGGCGCUUUAAGAUCGCAAAAUCUGAGACAAAUUUCGACUUUCGAGGACCAUUGUAGGAAGAGAAAUGAAAAUGCUAUUGUAAAUAUAUAACUACGAUAUACAUCACUUAUGUCGUACGUAUGUCUGUAUCCUAAAGCGGAAGCAUCAGAUUGUUACGCAAGAUUAUUCUUUACUACGCUUGUGAAUGAAAUUAUAUACCGUGUAUUUUACUACUUAUGUUGAUUCAUUUGGAUGGGAAAAUAAAGGAAAUGUGUUGACUAAUCGAACGUACCUCGAUAAAAGUAGAAUUAUCUGGAAAACUGUGGGCAGACGAAUUCCGAAUGUGAUUGUGAUGACGAGAAACAAUAAAGGAUAAAUUAAACAAAA